AUGGCGCUCCUAUCCGUGGGCUUGUCGCCCACGCUAGUUGUCUUGGGAGCGUUCUUGGUAUAUAUUCUGCGCACGGUGUAUUUGACGUACACGAAUCCAAUUGCUCGGCUCCCUGGCCCUGAGAUCACCAAAUGGACCAGCUGGUAUGCGCAAUAUCAACUUAUCAAGGGAACCCGGCCACGCUGGAUUCAGAACCUACAUCAAAUCUAUGGCCCUGUCGUCCGUAUUGGUCCCAAUGAACUCGACUUUUCAGAUGUCAGCGCAGCACGAGAAAUUCACAAGGUCGGCGCUGGCUACUUGAAGUCAAACUGGUAUCGUAAACUAGGAUAUCAGGGUUCCGAGACGUUGUUCAGCACAACUAACCCUAAAUUCCAUGCUGAGCGUCGUCGAUUACUCUCUGGGCCGAUCUCGGAGCAGAACCUGCUCAAGAUGGAGCCUAUUAUCAACCAACGAAUCUAUAUGACUAUUGCCAGAAUUGAGGAGGAAAUUGACCAGACUGGUGCCGCGGAUAUUUUCAAGUGGUGGACUUUUAUGGCUACGGACGUCAUUGGGGAGUUGUCGUUUGGCGAAUCAUUCCGUAUGUUGGAGCUUGGGAAGAAAACGCAAUAUAUUACCGACCUACAAAAUGUGUCCCGCUUGAUGGCCCUUCGCUCGGUCUUCCCAUUCAUUGAAAUAAUGUCCAAAAUCUUUCCCUUGCCACUCUUCAAAAAAGCCACAGAAGCCGGCGCUCGUAUCCGCAACUACGCUGAUCAGUCUAUCAAACGGUACAAAGGGAUCAUCGACCAGAACCCCAUCGACCCUAAACCGACCCUCUUCACCAAGCUCUACAACCCCGGCCGAGACGGCAAGGAAGGUCUGACCGACCAAGAAAUCGUCCGUGAAGCUGUGGGAUAUAUUGCAGCCGGAAGUGACACAACCGCUGUGACGCUCACGUACCUUAUCUUCGGUGUCUGCAUCAACCCUGAGGUUCAGAAGAAGUUGGUGGCUGAGGUUGCUAAUCUCCCAGAUAACCUGCAGCAUAAGGAUGUGCAGGAUUUGCCAUACUUGAAUGCUGUUUUGAACGAGACUCUUCGCUUAUACCCCGCGACUCCUUCCCCCUUGCCGCGUGUAGUUCCUGCUCAGGGCGCUGAGUUGUCUGGCCAUCUUAUUCCGGGUGGUACUAUCGUUUCGAGUCAGGCCUUUAGCUUGCACAGAAAUGAAUCUGCAUUCCCGAACCCAGAAAGAUUCCAGCCUGAACGCUGGUUCAACCCUAAUCGAGAAAUGAAAGAUGCCUUCCUGCCAUUCGGAGGUGGAUCUCGCGUUUGCAUUGGUAUGCAUCUCGCCAAAAUCGAAAUCCGUAUGGGCGCUGCUCUCUUCUUCAAAAAGUUCCCCAACGCCCACAUGUCGACUCGUGAUAGUAUGACACUGGAGGAAAUGAACCCUUUGAUGUACUUUAUGGCUACUCCGAAAGGAAUGCGGUGUUUAGUGGAUGGGAAUUGA